AUGGCGGAAACCAAGCAACGUAGCCGCGUCUACUUCGACAUCUCAAUUGGCAAGACCCACGAAGGUCGAAUCACUUUUGAGCUGUACGACGAUGUAGUCCCCAAGACAGCAGAGAACUUCCGCGCUCUCUGCACCGGCGAGAAAGGCGUAGGGAAAUCCGACAAACCUCUCAGCUACAAGGGCUCCACCUUCCACCGAAUCAUCAAGCAAUUCAUGAUCCAAGGCGGUGAUUUCACAGCCGGCAAUGGAACAGGUGGAGAGUCGAUCUACGGCACCAAGUUCGACGACGAGAACUUCGAGCUCAAGCACGAGAAGCCCUUCCUACUGUCUAUGGCUAACGCUGGUCCCGGAACGAAUGGCUCCCAAUUCUUCAUUACCACCGUUCCCACGCCUCACCUGGACGGCAAACACGUCGUCUUCGGCGAAGUCCUCAACGGCAAAUCCCUCGUCCGCAAAAUCGAAAACAUGCCCACCCAACCCGGCGACCGCCCCUCCAAGGACGUAACCAUCACCGCUUGCGGCGAGCUCACCGGCGACGAAGCCGAAGCCGCCUCCACCAAGCUGCCCGACUCCACCGGCGACCCCUACGAAGACUUCCCCGAAGACCAGACCUCCACGCCGUCCGCGACCGAAAUCGUCAAGAUAGCCACCGACCUGAAGGAAUUCGGCAACGCGGCCUUCAAGGCAGGCAAGCUGAGCUUGGGACUCGAUAAAUACCAAAAGGGCCUCCGAUACCUGAACGAGGACCCGAGUCUCGACUACGAGCCCCCGGAGACGAAGAAGAGUCUUGAUGCCCUCCGCUUUACGCUGAACUCCAAUUCCGCGCUCCUGGCCAACAAGCUGAGAGACUACAACGAAGCCCUCCGCUGUGCGUCCGCGGCGCUCGACGUUGCGGACAUCAGCGAUGCUGAUACGGCAAAGGCGCUGUAUCGUCGGGGUGUCGCGCAGAUCGGACUCAAGGACGACGACGAGGCGUUGAAGGAUCUGGAGGAGGCGCUGAAGUUGGCUCCGAAGGAUGCGGCGAUCACGAACGAGCUGGCGGCGCUGAGGAAGGCGAUUGCGGAGCGGGCUAAGAAGGAAAAGGCUGCUUAUAGCAAGUUCUUUUCGUGA